AUGGCGGGCGCGGGCGGGCGGGCCGCCGCCUCGGCCACCUCGGAGUCCUACACAGGCCGCGGCUCUUCCACGCCGGGUGUGGGCGAGCGGACGGAGCACACACCCCGCUACACCCUGGGGCUUCUGCAGACGCCGCACAGCUCGGAGAGCACCGGAGGCGCCUCCAGCGGCGGGACGCGGCCGGGCGGCUCCAGCGGGGAAGGCCUCGCAGCCCGCCGGGCUGCCUGGAACAGCGCCGUGAAGCCGUCGGUGUCCGAAAGGGGAGAAUCAUAUUUUGGGGACAAGAGUUCUUGUGUAGAAAAUGCUAACACAUUGAAUCUCACGAGUUCUUCUUCUGUGCGAGGCCUGAAUAGCACAUGUAUAGGAAAAACACCUCUAUCUUCUGGUAGAUCUGGUUGCAGAAGCCAUACCCCACUUAUGGGAUAUUCGGUUACAUCCUCAUCUGCAGUUUCUGCUCAUACUGUUGCAUCAGUUAUUGUAGCUGUAGUAGAAGGAAGAGGCCUUGCCAGAGGUGAAGUAGGAAUGGCCAGUAUAGAUUUAAAAAAUCCUGAGAUGAUAUUAUCACAAUUUGCAGACAAUACAACUUAUGCCAAGGUUAUUACUAAACUCAAGAUUUUAACACCACUAGAAAUAAUAAUGUCAAACACUGCCUGUGAUGCAGGGAAUACAACAAAAUUGUUUAGUCUGAUAACGGAGCAUUUCAAGAAUGUGACUUUUACAACUGUUCAGAGAAAAUACUUCAAUGAAACAAAGGGUUUGGAGUACAUAGAACAAUUGUGUGCAUCUGAAUUUAGCACCAUUUUCAUGGAAGUCCAAUCAAAGUAUUACUGUCUUGCAGCUGCAGCAGCUUUGCUAAAAUAUGUUGAAUUUAUCCAAAACGCCGUCUAUGCUCCUAAAUCACUAAAGGUUCGUUUCCAGGGGAGUGAGAAAACAGCUAUGAUAGAUUCAUCAUCAGCACAAAAUCUUGAACUAGUGAUUAAUAACAGAGAUUCUCGGAAUGGUCACACACUUCUUGGUGUUCUAAAUUACACUAAAACUCCUGGUGGAAGUCGGAGACUUAGAUCCAAUAUCCUGGAACCUCUAGUUGAUGCUGAAACAAUUAACACAAGACUGGACUGCGUUCAGGAAUUACUCCAGGAUGAGGAGCUCUUUUUUGGUCUUCAAGGAGUUAUCUCAAAAUUCCUGGAUACAGAACAACUACUUUCAGUUUUGGUACAGAUUCCAAAGCAGGAUACAGUUAAAACUGCUGAAUCAAAAAUAACUAAUUUAAUCUACCUGAAGCAUACCUUAGAACUUGUGGAACCUCUGAAAGCUGCUUUAAGAAGCUGUAACACACAGCUGCUAAAGGCUUAUUACAAUUCUCUUGAAGAUACAAGAUUUGGAAUUAUACUUGAAAAGAUUACAAGUGUAAUUAAUGAUGAUACAAGAUACACAAAAGGAUGUCUGAGUAUGAGGACCCAGAAGUGCUAUGCUAUUAAGCCUAACAUCAAUGAAUUCCUUGACAUAGCUCGUAGAACAUACACAGAAAUUGUUGAUGACAUAGCAGGUAUGAUAACGCAACUGGCGGAAAAGUACAGCCUGCCCAUGAAAACAAGUUUCAGCUCUGCUCGUGGAUUUUUUAUCCAGAUGAAUGCUGAUUGUUCAACAUUACCUAAUGGCCAGCUUCCUUCAGAAUUUACAAAGAUCACGAAAAUGAAAAACACAUACAGCUUCACUUCAGCAGAUUUAAUAAAAAUGAAUGAAAGAUGUCAGGAGUCCCUGAGAGAAAUAUAUCACAUGACCUACUUAAUAGUGUGUAAACUACUGAAUGAGAUCUAUGAACACAUUCAUUGCUUAUACAAGCUGUCCGACAUUGUGUCUAUGCUGGAUAUGCUGCUUUCAUUUGCCCACGCCUGCACUCUUUCCGAUUAUGUUCGUCCAGAAUUUACUGAUACUUUAGCAAUCAAGCAAGGAUGGCAUCCCAUUCUUGAAAAGAUAGCUAUGGAAAAACCUGUGUCUAACAACACGUACCUGACAGAGGGCAACAAUUUUGUCAUUAUUACAGGACCAAAUAUGAGUGGAAAAUCAACAUACCUGAAACAGAUUGCUCUCUGUCAAAUUAUGGCACAGAUUGGUUCUUAUGUCCCAGCAGAGUAUGGUUCUUUUCGAAUUGCAGAGCAGAUUUUUACCAGAAUAGGUAUGGAUGAUGAUAUUGAAACAAAUGCAUCAACAUUCAUGAAGGAAAUGAAUGAGGUAACAUACAUCAUACAAAAUGCUAAUGAUAAGUCACUCAUCAUUAUUGAUGAACUUGGCAGAGGUACCAGUGCUGAAGAAGGUAUUGGAAUUUGUUAUGCUGCUUGUGAAUAUCUGUUGAACUUAAAGGCAUUUACACUGUUUGCUACGCAUUUCCUGGAACUAUGUCAUAUAGACGCUUUAUAUCCCAAUGUGGAAAACUACCAUUUUGAAGUGCAGCAUGUGAGAAGCAGUGCUGGAAAUAAGGAGAAAAUUGCUUACACUUACACACUUUCUAAAGGAUACACAGAGGAAAAGAACUACGGACUAAAAGCUGCAGAAGUGUCCUCCCUACCAUCAUCCAUAAUUUUGGAUGCAAAGGAAAUCACAAGUCACAUUGCAAAACAAAUUUUGCACAGACAGAAGAGCACUCCUGAGAUGAUGAAACAGAGAGCUGCAUACCAGUUAGCAAUGAGAUUGGUUCAGACUGCCAGAAAUUCUCGACUGGACCCUGACAGUUUGCGUGUAUAUUUGAAAGCCCUGAAGAAAAAGUAUGAAGCCAGUUGUCCCACACCCAGAGAAAAUGAUGAGCAACAGUAACAUGUAACAUAGGCUGUUCUAAUUUUUAUGACUGCAAGAUGAUACUGGUUUUUCCCACAGUAUUAGUAGUCUUUUCACAUGGUGUUAUAUUUUUAAUUAUUAGUCUAAAUUACAUUCAAGUAAUGGAGGACCAUAUCCUUUAUGGGUUUCCCCCACCCUGACAUACCUAGAAUAAAAGCAUUUGCCCUCUC